UGGAUGAUCUUGGAGAUCACUUCUAACCUUGGUGAUUCUAUGACUGUUUCUUAAAGGCUCUCCAACAGACUAGCCAGUACAAAUGACAUAUCAGGCUAAUCAGUUUCUACCGCAGUCUAAUUUUGCAUUAGUAAAACAAGCAGACUCUUCACUCUCAGCAUAGUUUUUGGAAUCAGCAAGGUAUAGAAAAUGUGGUAGUAAGAUAAGAAUGAAGCUCAUAGGUCAGCAGCAGCUGAGACAGAAAAGGCAGCUGAGUCAUUCCUCCUCUGCAGCAAGAGGCAAGUCAAAAAAUGGAAAGUCAAAGAUGAGGUGCCACAACGCAACAUUAAGAUGAUGAAAACAUUUCUAAUCUAAUAAAGCACACUCCCCAGCAUGGGCACAACGUCCCACAUAUAACUUCAACAUCCCUUAUUUUUAUGCUUUUGAGACAAGCAUCAGGAAACCAUGAUCUCUGCAAUCUUUCACACUGGCUUCCUGCUUGGGGACAUUAACAUCUGUACAAGGACUAAACUGGCAUAAGAGGUAACAAAAAAACCUAAGUGACUUAAAACAUGUGUUUUUUCCUUUCUUUUUUACUCCUCAAAUUUAUGUUAUAUCAAUAAUAAAUAAAAAAAAACCCUUGGAGACGGUAAUGAUGCAGCAUCACAUAGAACAUUCUGAACAGGACAAAAGAAGAACACGCCCUUUUCUCACCCAGGAGAUUACAAUGCUGACAGAACACUUAUCAAUAUUUUGAUCGGUUUUGGAAACUUAAAAUUUGUUCUUUUUUUAUUAGCUUCACCUAAUUGGUACACAUUACUUUAUCUUGCAUUAUUAGGCAUACUUAAAUAUCUCAGUUGCAAUUUAAGAAUGACCUAAGAACAAUCUAAAUUCUUCCAAAUCACCAAGAUAAAAUCAGUAGUCUUCAUUUAAGAUAACUUCAGCAGUCCAAAGAGAAAUACUUUACAAAUAAUCAAAUUGUAUUUCAAAUAUUUGCUCUUUAAGUUGGACUCUCACAGAACAAGAGGAAAUUAUACUGCUUCUCCUUAAAUUAGAACAGAAAUUGCUUCCCCAAAGGCAUGAAUUGUUCAAUUCUUAGUAUUGUCAGAACUAGCUCUGCACCUAAAUCUCAAUUCUAUGAAAAGCACUUCCACAAAGACAACAGAACCAUAAUCCAGCUUUACUUCUUUGAAACUCCUGAUGACAUUUUUAGGUGUGCUAAGAAGCAAGUCAGAAUUUGACAUUCAUUUGACAAUCCUGGAACAUGCUGAAACAUAACAGCCAAUGUUCUGACAGCUGAUUGACUAACUGUGAAGUAAGCUGCAGUAAGAUUUCUUUUCUAACAUCAUUUUGUUGCUUAUACCCUUAUUCCAUACUGCAGUCUGUUAAGUUACCAUGACUUUCACCACGUUUAAGGACCAAACCUAAGCUUACAGGAAAAACUUUUGUUGAGUUCAGAUUUUGUGUAAUCCCAAUUUGGUAAUUCCAUUCGAUGAAAAAAGGUAAUAUGGCUUUGGAAAUAGUUAUAAAAUGCCCAUCAUACAUUCAAACUAACUUCUAUUCCUGUAAAAACUGAUGAAGAUGAGACCAUCUUCAAAAAUCACGAUCAAAUGCCAUUAAAACAGGAUAGCAAAAAUUAACAGACCCAAACAUGCUUCUAGUCUGUACAUACACCCAAGCUUAGUAUCAUGUGAUCUGUGCACCACCUCAAAGUUCCUUCCUACUUGGACCAGCUACUGUUUUGCAGAUGAUCUCUUAUUAAUGUAAGUAUCUUAAUAACAGCUGCUUGAUGUACUUAGUGAAGACCACAAUCAGACCAUGACCAGCCACUGGAGGAGACAAAGAUCAUCACUGCAGGGAUUUGUGUUUUAUGGAAAGCAAAGGUUCCAGAAUACUCCCAAGUUAAUAUGAUUCACUAUAAUUUUUUUUCUUUGUAAUGGGAGAAACAAACAUGCAAUAGCUCAGCCUGUGAAUAUUUGCAUUGCUUUUUGCAGUUCAUCUUACGUUAACAAGUGGAUAGACUGUCCUAGGGGUGCAUCUGUUUCUUAAGACAGACUGAAAAGCACAAAAAAAUCUAUGUGAAACCAAGGCACAUUCAUUCAAACCACUUCCCUGUUUUAGAAAAAGUUAUGCAGGCACAAUCUACUUUCUCGUUGCCUAUUCCCAACAGGAAAUCAUGUUCACCUCUUCAACGUGCACCUUUAGUAGACGCUAAUGCAAUGUCCACAAGGAAUUGCCAUCGAUUUCACAGACCAUACACAAUUUAUUUGUGAUCUAUACACAAGCCCUAUUCUCUAAAUACACGGCAUGGCUGCAUGCUUCUUUCCUUCCACAUAUGAACGUGUUGGAAGCAGUUUAAGUAGGGCUACAAGACAACAAUUGAAACACUUCAGAACAAAAACCUAAUCAGGAAAAUUCACAUCACACAUUUUCAAAAGAUUUCAGGAACGAUAGAUCUUUAUCAAGUAGUUUUCUUCUAUAGCCAUAAGAAAGCAUCAACGCUAUAGCCAUGAGAACAUCAGCCUAUGAAGUAACUGUCAGUAAACCUAACAUCUGAUUUGGAAUUAGAACAGCAUGUCUCACCAGUCCACAGGGAAUUCCUAUUCCUCUACACAUCCGAUGGAAAAUUCAUUCUCAAGUAAAAUCCAAGUGUGUGCUAUUUUCCUUGGAAUCUCUUAGAACCCAUUUUUGUGUUUUUCAUUUUGAUGUCAUCGUAUCCAUUACUACUGCCCAGAGGAAUACCAGAACACACUCCCAGGAACUGCUGCUGUUAAUGGGACAAUCACUUCCACAUCUGCAAAAGCCAGGCCUUGUUCUGUGCAGUUCUCAGUGCUGUACCAGCCUUCAUCUAUCGCAGGCUCCCCCAGUACUACGAUGUGACAUAUUACAAAAAAAAAAAUCCACAAUAAGUUACUGUUACAUAUAGCUGUACGCUUAGCACAAGAAAACAGAAUUAUUUUCAGCUCAAAAAUUGGUUGGAAUUCACAAAUCCAAGUGCUUACACAUCAGAAACACGGGAUUAAGAAUGAGCAGAUAGGGACAUUGCACAAAGCAAAAAAGACAAAAGAUAACGGGAGAUUUCUUUGAACAGCUUUAUUCCAAAGGCUCCACAUUCAGCAUCCACCGACGCAGGUUAAGCACAGGUGAGGGCACAGGAAACUCCUCAUUUCCGUGCACACUACACCGCAGCCAACGACAGAACCUCCUGACUCCCCUCAGCUUACCUUGACUGUUUGGGGUUGCACGCAAGUUACACAGCCUGGCUGCAGUUUCUACCCAUGCUUAGGCGAAGUUCGGGCCCAGGACGCCGUAACCGCCCGCCUCGCUCACCGCCCCCACCUACCAGGGCCCGACGCGGAGCCCCGCGGGCCGCGUCCCGCUCUCACACCUCGCUGCGCGCGCUCCCAUCUCGCAGAGAGCAGCACCUCGCGGCCGGCCGCGGGGCUCCACGUGGCCGCGGGCGGCCGGCUCCGGGGGAACGGGGCGCUCCCAGCCCGCGUCUACGCUCGGAAGGAGGACGAGGGAAGCGGCGACACCGAGCGGGGAAAGCCGCACCGCCUCCCCGGGGCAGCGGGCCCGACCGGCCGCCGCGGGCCCGACGGCGCCCCCCGCAGCGGCCUGGAACCGCCGCGUUCCGCGCCCCCGCUGCGGGCGGACGGACGGCUUUACCUGCCGCGUGGCCGCCCCGGGAGGACGGGGAGAGCGGGCGGGGGACCGGCUCGCGCCCCGCCGCCUCGGAGCACGGCGGCCCCCGCCGCCCCCGGCCCCUCGCCCACCCGGCGGGUCCGGCACCGCCACGUCACGAGGCGGCCGCGCCGCCGUGCCCCCCGCCCGCCGCUCCGCAUCGCGGGGAAGGAGAUGUCCGCUAGCGCCCGCCGGCUCCCGCUCCUCGUCCGCAACCCCGGGCCCCCCCCGCCGCCGGCCCGAGGCUGCCGCCACCCGCACCGCCGCGCCGGCCGCUUGUGGGGGAGGGAAUGUAAACAAAUGGGG